GGUAAAAGCGGCGCGGGAGUUCUCGGCGCGCAGUCGACGCCCGGACUCUUGCCCAUGCGCACUAUGUUGAUCCUCGCGUGUAUAGUCAGCGCUCUGGCGGUGGCUGCCGCCGCGCCCGCUACCUACGACCAGCGACAGGAUGGAGAUUUCAACGUGCGCGCCGACGUUCAGAACGUCGUGCUCGUCGUCGCAAUGCCACAGAAGAUGUCACUGCCGGCGGAUAUUCUCGAUUUCCUGAAGCAUUCGAAACGGAACCGCGACUCGGAGAUCCAGGAUAGGGCGGACAUUCACGUGAUGGAGGCUUUCGUGGAACCGAGCGAGCCGUACCACGUGGAGAUCGGGGAGACGAGGAACGCGGGCGGCGACGGGCGCGCCGUGGAAGUGGUGAUCGCGGGCCGCCGACGGCUCGAGGCGGAGCCGCAGCCCGAGCAGGACGAGUACAAGCUGAUCGGCGCCACCGAGCAGUGCGGCCCCGACCGCGAGCGCGACCCCGUUACGCUGGCGUGCCGCGCGCGCGCCGCCCUCGCGCCUGCUGAAGAGGCGCCAGCGCCGGUGGUCGACCCUUCGCUGCCACAGCCGGACAACACCCUGCCCGUAGACUCUGCGCCGGAAGUCCUCCCUGCUUCCUCAUAACCUACUGAUCUCCGCCAUAAAUACUAUUACCUCUAAGCUAAUUUAUUUCAAUACGCGUACGUUAUUUUUAAUUUAAUAUUGUAAAUUAUUUUGUGUUAAUAAAUUAUUGAUGAUUGAGUUGAUUACUUUUUCACCAGAAUUAAAAUGA